AACUAGUGACGUCACUACAGCAUAUUAUGGGCUGUCCGCCACCAUUUCCCCGCAAAUUUUUGUCGCCAUUUUAGAGGAAGAACCAGACAAGGUUUUCUUCAAAUUCGUCCCAUCGGAGGGGAACAGAGCCGAAAUUCAAGCAGUUUUGGAUUCUAUGGGACACAUCGGAUAAUUUUCGUGGGGAUCGUAGGGCUGAAAAAGGCGGGAAAGAGUCGAGUAAAUGCGGAGCGGCACCGGCGCCCCCCCACCCUUGAGCUCCAGUGGACGUUGGAGUUUGGAUUCGCGCCCAGAGUUUUUCUUUCGUAUGGCGACUUGACAUUGGUGUUUGGUGCUGGUUUUGACUGACAACUGCCUCUUGAACCCAAUUUCUAAGAUAUCGUGCAGGUUCCCGGUUGACCUUCCGCCAUGUUCUGGAAGUUUGACCUGCACACGACGUCGCACAUCGACACCCUGCUGGACAAGGAGGACGUCACGCUGACCGAACUACUGGACGAAGAUGACGUCCUUCAGGAGUGCAAGGCUCAGAACAGGAAGCUCAUAGACUUCCUGAUUCGGCCGGAGGUUAUGGAAGAGUUAGUGAACCUGAUCACACAGGACCCUCCUGAUGAUGUAGAAGAGAAGAUUCGGUACAAGUACCCCAACACGGCCUGCGAACUGCUCACCUCUGACGUCUCACAGAUCAACGACAAACUCGGAGAUGACGAGGCCCUCCUGAAUAAGUUGUGGGCUUUUCUGGAAGCAGAGCCCCCUCUGAACCCACUCCUAGCCAGCUUCUUCAGUAAGGUGAUGGGCAUGCUUCUGGCCAGGAAGACAGCAAUGCCUCAGCAAGAUUGGGACGAAGGUUACAAGAUGUUGGAUUUCCUGAGACAGAAGGAGGAUGUGGUAGGGUUGCUGAUCACACAUCUGAGCACGUCGGCCAUCAUGGACCUCCUACUGCGCCUGCUUACCAGCGUAGACGCACCAGAACUACGGACAGAGAUGCUCCAGUGGUUGGAUGAUCAGAAGCUGAUCCAGAGGCUGAUAGAGGUCCUGGAUCCCACAGGAGACGAGGAAAAACACAGCAAUGCUGCCCAGUCGCUGUGUGACAUCAUCAGACUGAGCCGAGAACACAUGUCACAGCUGCAGGAACAGGCAGAGAACGACCCACUUCUCACCACCAUGGAAAAACAAGAGACAGUAGAAGAGCUGCUGAAUGUGAUCCUGAACGGUGAGAAGACAGAGUCAGCCCUGGUCAACGGCAUCUCUGUCCUGCUCACACUACUGGAGUUCAAAAAGCCAGGUUUGCAGUAUUUCUGGUCAUGCAGCCCGGACGGACAGGACCAGAUGACCCCGCUCGACGCCGAGCGUCUGGCCCAGGGCGUGAGUAGCGCCAUCCUGGGGAUCACUCCCAGGCUGAAGGAACUGCACCAGCUACUGAUCGAGCCGCCCAAGGUAAAGCAACGUCCGAUGCCGACAUCUGUUGGUACGAUGGACCCUCCGUUUGGGAACACCAGACUGCAUGUGUGCCGGCUCAUGGCUUCCUUACUCCUCACCAACACCCACCAAGUCAACAUCGAGCUGGCAAACCUCGGCACACUCGACAUCAUGCUGGAUUGCUUUUUCCAGUACACUUGGAACAACUUCUUGCACACCCAAGUAGAACAGUGUAUAAACACCAUCCUGACCAACCCCCCUUCAGACGACUCUCCCAACCAGGAGGGCAACCCAGAACCCAAACACCCUCUAAUAAACAAUCUUUUGGGCCAGUCGAGAAUCAUCCAGAGGAUAUUGGAUAAGUGGGAAGAAGAUCAACAAAUAGAAAGUCAAGGUGGAAACCGGCGAGGAUACAUGGGGCAUCUCACUAGGAUAGCUAACUCCCUUCAAACUUGCCUUGAGAAAGGACCCAAUAAGGACCUUGUCAAGGAGAUCUUUAAAGAGGUUCCAGAGGACUAUAGAGAGAGAUGGGAAACCUUUGUCUCAGGGUCUUUAGCUGAAAUCAACAAGAAAAAUACAGUAGAUUUGGUUGGUAGCCACCCGCUCCACUCCUCUAGUGAAGAUGACGACUCGGACUUCAAGGAUAUCCCCUUUCCUCCCGACUCCUCCUUACAACAGGCCUUUUCUGAUUAUCAGAUGCAACAAAUGACGUCCACUUUUAUUGACCAGUUUGGCUUCAACGAUGAAGAGUUCGCAGACCAGGAAGAAAAUGUCAAUGCACCGUUUGAUAGGAUAUCUGAUAUCAACUUCUCCACAAAUGCAAAUGAAGAAAACCCCAACCGAGCGCUGUUCGAAGCCUAUUGCAAAGAGGUCAUGAGUACCAUAGGUCCCAGCACGCCGAAUUCGGCGCUGUUUGAGGCGUGCUGCAACGAGCGGAUCUCCACGUUUGACGACAGCGGGAGCGACGAGGAAGACGUCUGGGAGGAGAAGGAGCUGACUUUCUCGUCGGUCGUCGAGUCCAGACAAAGCACGAUAUCCACCACAAGCAAUGACCAGGGGAGUGACGGGAGUGACAACAGCAGUGACAGUGAAGAGGACGCGGAGGACACCCCCUCCCCUCUCCGGUCAGACAAACCCCCUCCCCCCGCAGCCAGCAGCCCCAAACCCCCCGGCUCCCCCGCCUCUCCAAGUGCCUCCGAGGACACCAAGAUGGAUGUGGACAACAGCGAUGGCUGGACAGCCACGUUCGACGAAGCUCCCAUGGACGCCGCGCCCGUUGCCAUGGAGACGGGAGCGGGCAGCUGGGACGACGUCGUCGCGGCGACCAACAAGCCCGGCGGCGCCGCGACGGAUGACGGGUGGGCGAAUUUCGAUAGUGUCCCGCCGAGUAAGGCCGGUCCAGGUCCCGAGAAACAAGUCGAAGACUCGGGAUGGGCCAAUUUCGCAGACUUUACCCCCUUAGGACCUAGUGACAGCAAUAACCCCCAACCUCGCAGUAGUUCACCGGUAGCCAUGGAGACAAACGAAGCUCCCACGGACGGGCUUAGAAAAGGAGUCGCUUAUCUGAUGGCCAGUGCCCCCCCAGAUCUCGCCACCUCGGUACAACAGUCCACCAGGUUACCUGAGGUCGGCGAGAGCAGCACCGACCCUGAAGACGAGUUCACGUCUUUAAGAAAUUCCCAACCACUAGCAAAUACAGUAGAGGCAAUGAACGUGGACGAGCCUCCGCAACAGACCGAGCAGCCCAACAGAACCGGCGGGACGGAGGGAAAGCCCACCAGCGACACGAGACCCGCGGAAACAGGAGAAACAUCAGCGGAGGAGAAAACAGGAGGGGCGGAAGGGUCGAGGGAGGCCAGCGAAACAGUCCAGGGGUCGCCGGCUAAGGAUGGCAGCAGCUCAUUAAAGCAGGGAAAUUCUGACAGAGAAACAAGAACAAGUUCUUCCAGCCCCACCCCUUCUCCCAGUGCCUCAGCGACGAAACCGCCCCAGCCAAACACUCCCUCAUCAGUCGGGGACAAGGACCAGAGUAACAACAACACUCAGCAUCAACAACAACAACAACCACAGGGCACAGAGCAGGGCAGUCCUGGCAACACAAACGACCCAACAGAAGAGCUCAGCCAGAACUUUAAUAUCCUCUCAUCCGGGGUGACGAAGACAGGGAAGGAAGGGGAGGAGCCUAAAACAGCCCCUCCCCCGGGCUCACCCAACACAGACAACAGCCAUGUCAACCAGACGGACCCCCCGACAACCGAGAACUCAGUGGAGAUGAAGAUAGGGGCAAUGGAAACAAUGAGGCCAGAGGGUACGAAACCUCCUGUGGAGACUCUAGUCCCUGCCACCGGUGCUGCUAACGGCCCCGUUUGACUCCAACCACCGCCCUGAAACCUUCAAAGGACCAGGCUCUAUUUUUCUAGGCGAUCAGUAAGCUGUAUGUAGAAACAAUUGAGAGAAAACAGAAACAUGAUGAAGUAGCACUCUUUCUUCACUUCCGACUUAUUUUCAGCAAUGCUGCUACUGUUUUGACAGGGAACGUAAUAUAAGGGAGGAGGGGGGGGGGAUGCACGCCUGUGGCGAAACAAACCACACAGGUAACCCGUACACUCUAGGAACCCCUCAUCUACUGCAGAUGUAUCUGUGUACAGUACUGUAGGACUUGUUGCCUUUGUCACCCUGCCCCUUCUUUCAGGAACUUACAAGCAAGCAGGCACUUUGUCGUAUGUGUGACGUGUCAGCCCAAAUGUCACGUUCGACGCUCGAAAACGCAGCGAAACGAAGUAGGGCUCCGUACGAAAAAAAAACAAGGUGCUGGCAUUCAUGUACAGGUUGAACUCAAACGGUUGAAAUGCCAUAGGAGAAAAAGUAAAACGAUAGACUGUAUAUCAGUGUACGCAGGUUACUACCCUGUUUUCUAAAAGGUGCUUUGUAUCUUUGUCGACUGUGCUAUUCAAGUCUCCCACUCUCUCGGAUAUGCAAUGGCUUCCUACCGCGUGCUACGUCUGUACCUUCGCAAAAGUGUUAGUCGUCAUUUGUGACACGAUUUCUGGAUAGGAUAAACGAUUGGUACAUUUUUAUUAGCUUCUUUAGGAAAAGCAGGAGACUAUAUUAACACUUGGUAGGGGGGUGGGCAAAAACUGAGCAUACUGGUGAGAGCACUGUUGAAACAAACUUCGCGAGACGACAGAAGAAAGUGCCCUUCCCAACAGACAGCCUUGGUAUGAUGAUGUACAUGACAUGUAGUCAGUGCUUGCUAGUGUAAAGCUUUUGAAUAAAACCAAAGUGGGGUGCUUGAGAAAACAGCCUGUUGGCUUGAUACAUUUUUUUCCCUUUCUUGCCGCUAACUUACAUGUAUGCGAAUGUACGUUCAAAGUUUGAACCAUUGAAUCCCAGAUCUGUGCACGUGUGGUGUUCAUAGAAUGGCACAGUGCAACUCACAAACAUGAAAUGUACACCAAACUGCGAUUCAGAACAUUUGACAACUAACAUUGGAAUAUGGACAAACGUUAGCAAUGAUGGACCUGCAUCUGUUUAUAUAUUAGUGCUUUUCUGGACUACUUGGGCCUCAACAAGGGCUUUUGUUCCACUAUGCUGCUUGCUGACAAAUUUUUCUCUCAAGUUUCAUCUUUCACAUUCAAAAUUUUCAAUUGCCGUGUCCACUCACAUUUCUCUCAUGCUUUCUUCAUGUUUGCUCCAAUAAGCAAAGAUAUUUCAUGUACAAAACAGUACUAGGAGACCAGCUGUCUACUUCCAAUUGUACCUGCCCACCCCCCUUAACAAGGAUAGAUUCUUAACUAAGGUAAUGAUAUAUGUAACCUAAGGGGCUGUUUACGUGCAGUGCAUUGCAAUUUUCAGGGCCUAUAUCGCUGACUGGCACCACCCUGUUCUUCAAUGUCUCAUCGAGUUAUGCUGUAUACUUCUGAAUCGAGCCGCUAGCAGUACAAUAUAAACUAUAUCCUGGUCUGGAAUACAUUAAUUUAAUUUUCAGAAAUGUGUCUCAUUCUGGUGAGAACGAUGAUGAUGAUGAUGACUAAGGUUAUGUAUAUUAUAUCUCUGAUGAUUUAACGAUAUGCCAAUUAAGAGGCAAAUUAAUUAAUGAGUGCAAAGAAAACGGAUGUUGGAUUUUUAAGUAUUCCACUUAUUGUUUGUUAUGUUGUAAAUGUUGCUGUUUGUUUGAUGAAGGGGAGAGCGCUCGACUUGUGAGCGUUUGAGGGAUGUGAAUGAUUGUUCUUUACGUUUAGCAAGUCUUUAUAUAGUGAUGGAAGUGUUGAGCAUUGACAUGUGUUUAAAAGUGCCACCAAAUUUAUUAUUCUCUUACAUUUUAGUGUUUCCUUUUGUCGUAUAUAGUAGCAUGCACUUUUUGUUGCUUUUCCUCCUGCGAAAGCAACCGAAAUUUUUACAAGUGCCCCGUUAGAUGCAGCUACAACACUUGUACCUCUCUAUUCACAAUUGCAAAGAGUCUGCCUUAAAGAAUUAAAAGUACCGACACUUGUCGUUUGUGAGCCGAAAAUUGUUACUGAUGUUGUGUGAAUGGAUGUCUUACCCCAUGAAAUCUAAAACUUAGAAUUAAACACAAGAAAACUGGGAAAAAGUAAAUAUUAUAACAACGGCUUGAUGUUCAUUCCAACGCUUAUUAUCAAAAUGUAGAAUUUGACUCCAGUAAGCUAAAAGUUCACUUAUUCGUUCAAUUUGGUGCCUGACGAUUUGAGAACAAACUUGGAUGUAAAGAAACAUGACAUAGGUGUAUUUGGUGUCGAACCCUACAUUUAGUUUCAAGCUGUUGGAAUGUACAUUGAUACUUGGAAUGGGAAGAAAAGCCUGGAUGCUUAGAGGGGAGCCAUAAGAGUAUUUUCUGUGUGAAGUUAGGUCAAAUACAUCGUUGUACAGCCACCAACAGGAAAAUUCCCUAUUCUUGCAAAUUGCUGAUGAGUACAGUGUCUUUGUAUGAGGUUUUUAUUAUUUCUCUGUUACAGUUGUUUCUUGAAAUGAGAGAUUUGAGACCGAAUAUUUGUAGGAGUGAUAUUAAAGAGUAACAAUGCUCAGUGUC